AUGGAUCGCACUAUUUGGCAGAGCAGUGAAGGAAUGGAGGGGACGUGGGUUAGGGGUGAAGUCGCCUAUACUUAUGGUUCUGUGCAUAAGAUUAUUUUGAAAGCAUUAGCCAAGAAAUUAGACGACGCCGAUCGGGCCUACAGAGGAUAUGUGGCCGUCGAUGACGUCCAGUUCCAGCCCAUUGAUGAAGCAGAGGAACAGUGCAAAGGUCACUGCACUUUCGAAGGGGGUCUUUGCAGUUGGACUAAUCAGGAGGAAAACGAUGAAUUUGAUUGGACUCUCGGCAGAGGCUCUCAAAACAUAUUUACGGGUCCGUCACGUGAUUUCACAAGUUUUGGUCAAAAUGAACAGUCGGGAGGAUUUGUGUACAUCGAGUCAUCCUUUCCCCGAAGACCCGGUGACAGAGCAAUGCUUGUCAGUCCUCUUAUGAACCCAACAGAGGAAAGCAAUCCAUUGUGUAUGAAAUUCGCGACUCAUAUGUAUGGCAACGGAAUCGGAACCUUAAGGGUUAGACUUAGAUAUACAGGCGAUGAGGAAAGGCCUGAAAAGAUAUUAUGGGAAAUGAAAGGAGAGGCCGGGAAUAAUUGGUACUUGGGUCAGGUGCCAGUCUCAUCUCCCGCUCAGGCAUAUCAUGUCGUUAUCGAAGGAAUUGUUGGUCAAAACUCAUUGGGAAACAUUGCAAUCGACAACUUAUCGUUUCAAGUGGGCACCUGUCCCAUAUCGCCGCAAACUGCAUCGAGAGGUAGUGGUGACUGUACUUUCGAGGAGAACAUGUGUUUGUGGCACAACCCUCUGCCACACAGUCGUGUCGAUGACUUCGAUUGGCUCAGACAAUACAGCUUUGGGGGAACGGGUCCUAAAUAUGACCACACCAAGAAAACACCAGAGGGUUAUUUCAUUAAUCUUAGCGGUGAUGCCCUUCAGCCCCAAAGGGGUGGGACAAGAGCCUGGCUUUUAAGUCCAGAAUUUACACCACAGACCACAACACCUAAAUGCCUGUCUUUUUAUUACUACAUGUUUGAGCGCACUAUAGACCCGGCUGGUCCCAGUCUCGGCAGUCUUAGGGUUUAUAUUAAAACUCUUAGCGAUAAUGGAGAACAAUUGAAUUUAGUGUGGCGUCUAAACAAUCAUCAGGCACAGGGCUGGAGACCAGCAAAGGUUCCGCUGGCACUCGGACUCGAAAAGAAACCUCCGCUUCAAACGUAUCAGAUAUUAAUUGAAGGCAUUUGGGGCGAUGGACGGGUUGGAACGAUAGCUAUCGAUGACAUCAGUUUUUUCGAUGGCAACUGCGCCCCACAACCAACAAAGGCGGCCGCAGUGAUGGGUGAGUGCUCUUUCGAGAGAGACCUCUGCGGCUAUCGGAACCAAUCGGGAACGGGUCCGGGACCUGAAGUGACCCAAUUCUCGUCCCAACCCUCAAAAGCGGCCCUUAUUUCCAACAAAAGACAAUCUCUCAACAGAUUAUCGGUUUCAUCGAAAGAGUCUUUGACCUGGAAGUUGGCCACACCUACCAGUAGACCCGCUAAUCUGCAGGACCACACAUUCCGAGCUCCCACUGGAUAUCUAUUUUUCGAUGUAUUUAAUCAGAACUCAAUGCAAUAUCCGGUCCUACGAUCGCCUGAAUUUCCGGGAGGAGAAGGAAAUACUCCAAAAUGUCUCAGUUUUUGGUUCACUCCCUUCGGAAGAGGGGAAACGACUCUAAUGAGUGUAUCAAUGGUGACACAGGGAGACGCAGAGGGCAAUCCGCCUCCUGAAGAGACAGACAAGAAGGGCAAUGGAGGGCCAAAUGCAUUGACUAUUGAAACAAAGAGCUUAUUAUGGAGAAUGUCUACGAGAAGGUUCGACACGAGUCGACCAGAAUGGAUAUACGGACAGUUAGCCAUUAACUCGGAAACACCUUACAGGAUCCAAUUCGAAGGCGAGGCCUCUGACGGUGGCUUCGCUUUGGAUGACAUCACGUUUUACGACGGAUUGUGUCAAAGAGAAGGAAAUACUCCAAAAUGUCUCAGUUUUUGGUUCACUCCCUUCGGAAGAGGGGAAACGACUCUAAUGAGUGUAUCAAUGGUGACACAGGGAGACGCAGAGGGCAAUCCGCCUCCUGAAGAGACAGACAAGAAGGGCAAUGGAGGACCAAAUGCAUUGACUAUUGAAACAAAGAGCUUAUUAUGGAGAAUGUCUACGAGAAGGUUCGACACGAGUCGACCAGAAUGGAUAUACGGACAGUUAGCCAUUAACUCGGAAACACCUUAUAGGAUCCAAUUCGAAGGCGAGGCCUCUGACGGUGGCUUCGCUUUGGAUGACAUCACGUUUUACGACGGAUUGUGUCAAACCCGUCCACUUCAGGCGGCAGUCGCUUCUAAUACACAGUCGGAUAACUUGAAUGUAAAUGAGAAGUCACUUCGCGAGCAGUGA